GCUCCGGGAUGGAGGUCUGGCCGAAAGGUGUGGUCGGCUCUGCGGUAGCGCUGCCUGCCUCGCUGACGUUUCGGCUUCUCCGGCGUUCUCUCUCUGUUUUUUGGAUGUUGUAGGCAAAUACCGGGAUCGGUAAUGGAAGUUCUGCUGUGAAACAGCAAGUUGCCUUCAUUUACCAGCAAGACAUCAGUGCAGUGCGUUUUGAGUUAUCUCUUAGGCUGAGUGUUGAUAGGUGCUUUGUGAAAACAACCGUGGCCUUCAUUGUUGUUGAAAUGUAUGCACAGAGGUUGGAGGGCUACAGUAACUUUGAAUGGCUUUAAAGCACCUGUUCCAGGCUCUGGAUGAGCAGGAAGAGGCUAUUGUUACAAGCUUGAACAACAGUUGGGUUUGCUACCAGAAUAUAGCGAUACUGCUGUGAUACCAUGUAGAAAAGUCCCCUGAAAAGCAGGCGUAGCUCUUGGUGCUUGAGGGGAGGUCCUUGUGAGCCUGGUGUCAGCUGUAUUUUGCGUUGCUCUCAUCUUCCAUUUAUGUUCUUAGUAUUUUCAAUCAAGUCAGUGUCCGAUGUUAGCACCUGCGUGUACCAGAACCUUCUCUCACUCAGAUUCCUCCCAGGGCUGCUGGAGCAGAGCAGCCCCGGGGCGAUGAGGCCAGGUGUCACCUGCUGUGCCUGUGUGCUGCUCUGAACCCGAGGGCGGCCCUGGCUGUGUCCUGGGGUGAAGGACAGCUGGAAAGGUGAGCCUGAGCAGCAGCAGGAACAGUAACGUUUGAUGGGAAACAUCUUGUAAGAGUUACUGCAGAAGAAGGGCUUUGUUGCCAUGUAUAAAAAGCAGUGUGCAUCUCCGUAAUGAACUCCUGCUGCAGCAGCUCCAACUUCUGGAAUUUUCAGGAGUGUUUGCCUUAGUUUCUGAUUUUCUUUCUUUUUUUUAUUUAAUCCCUCCCUUCCCUUGCCCUGCAGUGAAAAUAAAAUAGCAACUCCCUAUGAAUUGGAUGUGUACUGUUGCUCCAAGAUAAAUGGGAACUGAUUUGAGGCUUACUGGCAGUGUGGAGCUGAGCGAGCACAGCUCUGUGUGUAUGGGGAUGGAGAGCUGGGUGUGACACGGCGUGGGCACGGCUCGUGGCACUGCUCUCUGCUGCUCUGCCAUGGUCCCGAGUGCUGCUGGCAGGGAGUGGCUGGGGCACAGCACAGAGGGUUGCGGGUUCGUUUCGGCUGCUAGCAGCCUUGUUGGUGCUGAGGUGCAUAGAAUGACCUCCAGUGUCCUCCUGUACAGCAGAACGCCUGCCUGUUCUUUUUUGAGUGAAGCUCACAGAAGGAGCAGGGGGCAAUGAGGGUAGCCAGGAGGCUGCCCCUGGUCACCUUGCAGGGCUGCGGUGUGCUCAGAAGCAAAGCACAGCCUUGUGUCAGCUGCGGCCAGCUUUGGCCUCUGGGUCUCAACUCCUCUCCCACUAGCUGUCUCCUUCUUCGCCCUUAGCAGCUCAUUCCUUCCCCUAAGGAAAGGGAGCCAGGUGCUAUUCAGGCAGAGGGAAAUACCACUUCAUUUUCAGUCAACUGAUGUGAUGUUUUUGUUGUUUUGUUUGUUUGUUUCAUUUUGAAUAAUGAAGGCACCAAAAGGAGAGGCUUAAGGUGGAAGUUCCGUCCAUGGCAACUGGCAGCACUUCGGCUGCUCCCCAAGGACUGGAGCACGGGGCGCACCUUGGGCAUGUGCCCGGGCUGGGGCAGAUGACGUGCAGCACCCGCUCUGAGUCAGCUCUUGCCGAAGGGCCGCGGCUCCAACCAGUCGGGCUGGUUUGCUGCGGCUGCCAGGAGCCGAGGGGAGCUCACUGCCCGCCUUUACCUUCCCAGGCCUCGUUGCUUUCCUCUCUUACAGGCAAAGGAAGGCAAAAGCACGUUAGGGAAAGUCAGAAAGUUAGGGAAAAUCCACUCUUAGUGUUUUCAAACAAGACGGCUUUUUACCAAUUUUGUUGUUGGUUUUUUUUUGUUUGUUUUUAAGUUCAAAUAUUUUUGAUAUACAUGCAUCUUUUUCCCUAUUAUUGUUUUCUUCCUUCCAAAUGGAAGAGCUAAAUAAGGUACUCCUAUCACCUUCUGCAGUUAUAGAAGGAAAAAAUAGCAAAAUACUGUUCUUUCUCCAAAAUGUCUCCAUGGUCAUCUCUCAUGGAUCUUUCUUCCCACCCCUCAUUCUUUAAUUUGCAUAGCACAGGAAAAUGAAGGCCAGCCAACCUCGUGCUAAUUGGCUUUUUCAAUCAGUGUAACUAUGUCUUUAUUUUAGUGCACAGAAUAAAACUACAAGCUGCUACUUUUUGAGAGGGAUUGAUCCAUUCUUUAAGAAGAACUGAUGUUAACCCUUCUUCUCUUCUCCUCUCCCGUGUAGUGGGAUCUGAUCUUUAUAUGAGACAUUAUCCGGGUGCUUUAACUGAAAUGUAGUGAGUUUCUUUGAACAUUAAAUCAAAACUAUAGCUAACCUAACUUUCUGAUCAGUAUUGUGAUUUGUUAUUAAAGGGAAGAAAGAAAUAAAUCUGUUGUAAGUCCUUUGAAGACAUACGAGCUGAAACUUGUUGUCUGCAUCACGGCUCAAUGGGGGGAUUUUUAAUGUAGUUACUGUUUAUGCAACCAUAGGCUAAUAAUUAUGGGCAGUGAGUAAAAUUUACCCUGUAGCUACUGGAUCCGCAAAGCAAAAGCUUCACAGAUACUGUGUAGGCUGUAUAAUUGGCCAGCCUUUGCUGCUUGUCCUAUUUGUAAAUAGGAGCUCAGAGCACCAGGUCUCCCUUCCCUUAGCAGUGAUACGCAUCGAAGCGCCCGGUGGGAGGGUUCUGCGGCGCUCACUUGGAGUGCCCGUGUCAGCUGGCAGCAGCACAGGAUCCACUACGGCAGCCUGCACAGCCUCAGGUGGGUCAGUGAGUGUCCUGCACUUAGCUGGAGCCAGCUGCAGGGACAGGAGCAGCGGAGAGCCUCCUGCGGGGCGGCAGAGGGGCCGAAGGCAGGAAGGCGAAAUGCCAGCCCCUGAGCAGACCCCAGUGGUGGAAGAGGGGCUGCUGCAGGCAACGCAGGAGACUUCCACCAGCCCGGGAAUGGAACCCGAGACUACUGCCACUACCAUUUUAGCCUCUGUAAAGGAGCAGGAACUCCAAUUUCAAAGACUUACCAGAGAACUGGAAGUGGAAAGGCAAAUUGUGGCUAAUCAGCUAGAAAGAUGUAGGCUUGGAGCAGAAUCACCAAGUAUCGCCAGCACAAGUUCUACUGAGAAGUCAUUUCCUUGGAGAUCACCAGAUCCAGCAGCCACCAGUGCAAACAAACCCCUCGUGUCAGAGGGAGUUCAUACCAAUGCCUAUCACAUUAGGACAGAACCAGUACAAGGGAACCUCUACUCACCGGAACAGACAUCUCUCCAUGAAAGUGAGGGGUCUGUAGGUAACUCAAGAAGUUCAACACAAAUGAAUUCUUAUUCUGAUAGUGGUUACCAGGAAGUAAGCAGCUUCCAUAACAGCCAAAACUUGAACAAACCAGAAAGCAGACAGCAGCAUUCCCGUAUUGGAACUGCUACUAACCACUUGGUGAGAAGCUCACGAGCUGAAGGGCAGACUCUAGUCCAGCCUUCAGCAAACGUUGCUACCAACCGAGCCAUGAGGCGCGUCAGUUCGGUCCCGUCCAGAGCACAGUCUCCCUCUUAUGUGGUCAGCACAGGUGUUUCCCCUUCCAGGGGGUCUCUGCGAACAUCUCUGGGUAGCGGGUAUGGUUCUCCAUCAGUUGCUGAGCAAAGAUCCCUUGCUUCUCAUGCCUAUUCAUCCACUACUCUGCCAGUACAGCGGGCGGCAUCCCCGUAUGCUGCACAGAGACCUGCUUCCCCAGUGACUGUGCGGCGGAUUGGCUCGAUCACAUCCAGACAGACAGCAAAUCCCAACGGUGGGACUUCCCAGUACCAAGCAUCAGCCAGAGUUGGCUCUCCUCUUGCCCUCACUGAUGUACAAACCAGAGUUGUUUCUCCACCCCAAACCCAACUGGGAUCAUCUUCCCCAAAGCGUUCUGGUAUGACUGCGGUUCCGCAGCACUUGGGAACAACACUGCAGAGAACAGUUCAUGAUAUUGAACAGUACGGACAGCAAUAUGAUAUAUAUGAAAGAAUGGUUCCUCCACGUCCAGAUAGCCUUACAGGCCUGAGGAGUUCGUAUGCUAGUCAACACAGUCAACUAGGACAGGAAUUACGAUCAGCUGUAUCUCCUGACUUGCACAUCACCCCUAUCUAUGAAGGCAGAACUUACUACAGUCCUGUGUACCGUAGCCCAAAUCAUGGAACGAUUGAGCUCCACCAGGGGUCCCAGUCAGCACUAUAUCGAACAGGGUCAGGAGUUGGAAAUCUGCAAAGAUCAUCCAGUCAGCGUAGCACACUCACAUACCAAAGAAAUAAUUAUGCUCUGAACACAACUGCUACCUAUGCGGAACCCUACAGGUCAAUGCAGUACCGACUGUCAGAGUCUGGCUAUAACAGGCUGCAGCACACAGCGCCCGCUGAUGAUGGGACCACGCGAUCUCCAUCCAUAGAUAGCAUCCAAAAGGACCCCAGGGAGUUUGCUUGGAGAGAUCCAGAACUGCCUGAAGUCAUUCACAUGCUCCAACACCAGUUCCCGUCAGUCCAGGCGAACGCGGCUGCCUACCUUCAGCAUUUGUGCUUCGGAGAUAACAAAGUGAAAACAGAGGUGUGCCGGCUGGGAGGGAUCAAACACCUGGUGGAUCUCCUGGAUCACAGAGCCCUGGAGGUUCAGAAGAAUGCGUGUGGUGCACUGAGAAACCUCGUGUAUGGAAAGUCUACUGAUGAAAACAAAAUAGCAAUGAAGAACGUUGGUGGGAUCCCUGCACUUCUACGACUGCUAAGAAAAUCUGUUGACGCAGAAAUAAAAGAGCUCGUAACAGGGGUUCUCUGGAACUUGUCUUCGUGUGAUGCGGUGAAGAUGACAAUCAUUAGAGACGCUUUGUCAACACUGACAAACACUGUGAUAGUGCCACACUCCGGGUGGAACAGUGCCUCCUUUGAUGAUGAUCACAAAAUUAAAUUUCAGACUUCCCUGGUUCUGCGCAACACGACGGGAUGCCUGAGGAAUCUAAGCUCUGCGGGGGAAGAAGCCCGGAAGCAGAUGAGGUCCUGCGAAGGGCUGGUUGACUCACUGCUCUACGUGAUCCACACCUGUGUGAACACGUCGGACUAUGACAGCAAGACAGUGGAGAACUGUGUGUGCACCCUGAGAAACCUUUCCUACCGCUUGGAGCUGGAGGUGCCUCAGGCACGUCUGCUGGGCAUCAAUGAACUGGACGACUUGCUGGGAAAGGAGUCACCGAGCAAAGACUCUGAGCCAAGCUGCUGGGGGAAAAAAAAGAAGAAGAAAAAAAAAACUUCACAGGAGGACCAGUGGGAUGGAGUUGGCCCUAUACCAGGAUUUUCCAAGUCUCCUAAGGGGGUAGAAAUGCUGUGGCACCCAUCGGUGGUAAAGCCGUACCUAACGCUUCUAGCAGAAAGCUCCAAUCCAGCUACUCUCGAGGGCUCUGCAGGAUCUCUCCAGAAUCUUUCUGCAGGCAACUGGAAGUUUGCAGCAUACAUUCGAGCUGCUGUGAGGAAAGAAAAAGGACUGCCAAUCCUUGUGGAACUCCUGAGGAUGGAUAAUGAUAGAGUCGUUUCAUCUGUGGCAACCGCCCUAAGGAACAUGGCGUUAGAUGUUCGGAAUAAGGAGCUCAUUGGUAAAUACGCUAUGCGAGAUCUGGUGAAUCGCCUGCCAGGAGGCAAUGGCCCAAGCAUACUGUCUGAUGAGACCGUAGCAGCAAUCUGCUGUGCACUGCAUGAGGUCACCAGCAAAAACAUGGAGAACGCCAAAGCCCUCGCGGAUACUGGGGGAAUAGAAAAGCUGGUGAACAUAACGAAAGGAAGAGGUGACAGAUCUUCAUUGAAAGUUGUCAAGGCAGCUGCUCAGGUACUGAAUACGUUAUGGCAGUAUCGAGACCUUCGCAGCAUUUAUAAGAAGGAUGGAUGGAAUCAGAGUCACUUCAUUACACCGGUAUCGACACUUGAACGGGAGAGAUUCAAAUCCCACCCCUCGUUAUCAACAGCAAAUCAGCAGAUGUCACCGGUCAUACAGUCAGUUGGCAGUACAUCUUCAUCACCAGCUUUAUUAGGAAUUAGAGAACCCCGCUCUGAAUAUGACAGAACACAACCUUCUAUGCAGUAUUACAACAACCACGGCGAUAUCAUUACUCACAAAGACAUCUAUACCGGCUCCAGCAAAACUUCACCAAUUUACAUCAGUUCUUAUUCCUCACCAGCGAGAGAACAGAACAGACGGCUACAGCAUCAGCAACUGUACUACAGUCAAGAAGACACCAACAGAAAAAACUGCGACGCGUACAGGUUGUACCUGCAGUCCCCACACAGCUAUGAAGACCCAUACUUUGACGAUCGAGUUCACUUUCCUGCUUCUUCAGACUACACAACGCAGUAUGGACUGAAAUCAACCACAAAUUAUGUAGACUUUUAUUCCACCAGACGAUCUUCUUAUAGAGCAGAACAGUACCCGGGUUCACCUGACUCCUGGGUGUAGCAUCAAAGGAAAAAAAAAAAAAACAACAGUAUAUUUCUCAUUGUGCUUGAGAAGAAAUGGAAUGGCCUCAUUUGAUGUCUUGGUUAUGAAAUCUGAAGGUGAAAUAAAAGAGGAAACAAGGAAGUCUUUUGGUUUGGGUUUUGGAGGGCAUUUGGCUUUGGUUUGGGUUUUUUGUUUUAGUUUCUUCUGGGGGUUUUUUUUGAGUGAGGAACUGUCGGAAAAACCGGAAGGGAUGUUUCUUUGCUCUGUUUAGAUGUUAGGUAUUAUUACUUGUAGCUUCUGUAGUCUGGUGAGGGUGUGGGCGAUGUGAUGAAAGGUUUGAGAAUUGAGUAAAAUGAAUUUGGAAAGUGUGUAGGUCAGAGCAAAUUAAACCUGUUUUUUAUGUGAAUAAAAGUCUUGUUCUGAUAGUUUGUACAGAAAAAAAAAUAAAAUGGAUGCCCUUGUUUUAUUGAUAUUACUAAAUGUCAAGAUUGUAUGCUAUUAUGUCGUGUAAAUUUCUUUCAUUGGUGUAAAUAUGGAAAUGCCACAUUGGUUUAAAGUGCCAUCCAUUUGUAAUGCAGUGUGUCAUUUUGAAAGAGAUUUGAAACAUCAUACACAAAAAAAAAAAAUUCAAGAAAAUGUUAUAAAUUAAAAAAAUAUACAAUUAAUAGCAUAAUUUUGAAGCACAAAGUCCAGAUCAGCAUACCUGCACCUCUCCCAUUCCCAUUCUCUGCAUAUUUCAUACAAAAACAAACAGAAAACUUCACUGCCAUUUUCUAUGCACAUGGAAGAACAAUAAAUAUGGAAGUCUCAUCCAUGGAAA